AUGGGCGACAAGUAUGCCAAGCUGCGACGGGCACAGCUGCAUCUGGAUUUCAUACAUGCCAACUCUACCACCCACAGUUUCCUUUUUGGAGCACUGGCUGAAUUGCUGGACAAUGCAAGAGAUUCAGGGGCUGCAAGACUUGAUGUGUUUUCAGUGGAUAAUGAAAAACUGCAGGGUGGAUUCAUGUUGUGCUUCCUGGAUGAUGGAUGUGGCAUGAGCCCUGAGGAAGCUUCAGACAUCAUUUGCUUUGGAACAUCCAAGAAAUGGUUAUCAACCUUGAAGCUCAUUGGGCAAUAUGGCAAUGGUCUUAAAAGUGGGUCCAUGAGAAUUGGAAAAGACUUUAUUCUUUUUACGAAGAAGGAGGAAACAAUGACCUGUGUGUUUUUUUCUCAGACGUUCUGUGAAAGAGAAGGUCUUAGUGAGGUUGUCGUUCCAAUACCUUCAUGGUUCACAAGAACAAGAGAAGCUGUCACAGAUGAUCCCCAAAAGUUCUCCAUGGAAUUGUCUGUAAUUUAUAAAUACUCCCCAUUUAACACCAAAGCUGAAUUGAUGAAGCAAUUUGAUGUGAUCUAUGGAAAAUGUGGCACUUUGCUGGUUAUUUAUAACUUGAAGCUUCUGCUUAGUGGAGAACCAGAGUUGGAUGUUAAAACUGACAAGGAAGAUAUACUGGUUGCUGGGGCUCUUGAGGACUUUCCAGAGAGAUGGUCAUUCAAAGCCUACACAUCUGUUCUGUAUUUUGAUCCUCGGAUGAGAAUAUUCAUUCAGGCCAAAAGAGUUGAAACAAAACACCUAUGCUAUUGCCUUUACAGACCCAGAAAGUAUCUGUAUGUCACAUCUUCUUUUAAAGGAGCAUUUAAAAAUGAAGUUAAAAAGGCGGAAGAAGCAGUUAAGAAUGCUGAACUCGUACUGGAAGAAGUACAAAUCAAAGUAAACCAGCCUGGCAGAACUUUGCCAUCUGCCAAGGAUGUACUACAGAAAGCUUUGAAAGAUGUGGAAGCAAAACAUAAGAAUCUUACAGAGAAACGGAGAGAAUUUAAAAAAGCAAGAACGCUCUCCUUAUUCUUUGGAGUGAACAUAGAAAACCAAAGCCAAGCUGGAAUGUUCAUUUAUAGUAAUAACCGUUUGAUCAAAAUGCAUGAGAAAGUGGGCCCACAGUUGAAACUGAAGUCCUUACUUGGUGCAGGUGUGGUUGGAGUUGUUAAUGUACCCUUGGAGAUCAUGGAACCAUCCCAUAAUAAACAGCAAUUUCUCAAUGUCCAAGAGUAUAAUCAUCUACUGAAAGUCAUGGGACAGUACUUGGUCCAGUACUGUAAGGACACCGGGAUCAGUAAUAGAAAUCUAACAUUAUUUUGGAAGGAGUUUGGAUACCAGAAUAACAAAGACAAGGAGAAACCUUUAGAUUCUAUUCAAUAUCAGAGAAGACAAGCCAUGGGCAUCCCAUCCAUCAUACAGUGUGAUCUUUGCCUUAAAUGGAGAGUCUUACCUUUCUCUACUAAUUAUCAGGAAAAAGAAUCUCUCGACAUGUGGAUUUGUGCUAACAAUCCUAACCUUUUGGAAAAUAGUUGUGAUCAGAUAGAACGUCUCCCUUCCAUCCCCUUGGGCACCAUGAGCACAGUAUCACCAUCAAAAUCUGAGAAAGAAAAGCAACUUAGAGAAUCGAUCCAAAGGUAUCAAAAUAGACUGGCAGAACAGCAGCCACAAAAGCCUCAAUUUAUACCAACGAGUAGGAUCGCUGAGCUCACUUCCACCUGCCUAACUUCAGCACCUAAGGAAAAUACCAAAACUCAGAAAAUCAGGCCUUCAGGUGAUAACUUGAAGCAUGAAUCUCUUUCUUCCUUUGAGCUUUCGGUCAACCACACUGGCCGAAAAAGAAACACAGAAGGGACGGACUCUGAUGUAGAGUACAUCUCAGAGACUAAAAUUAGGAAGAAGUCUGUGCAGAAGAAAAUGAAACUUCAACAGCAGAGACUUCCAGCAGCUCUGCCAGAAAAUGACAAACUAGCUGAGAGACCCCAGCCCUCUUCUUGGGAAAUGAAAAGGAAGCAGAGUCUAAACCUUGCACAGAGGAAACAUAAGGCUUUGAUUGAAAUUGAAACCAGCGACAGUGAUCCAGAUGUAAUCCUGGUUUUAGAUGGUAGUGACACUGAUGCUUCAUCGAAACAAGAAAAAAAGGAAGUUCCUCUUAUAAACAAAGGAAAACAUGAGCUGUGUGAUGAUAGUCCAGCAAUAAAAAGAAACUCUUCAUUACCUAAUCAAAAAAGCUUGCCCAGGGUGCCAGUGGAAGAUGUAAACACAAGUUCUGGGUACAAAGACAGAGUUUCUGUGACUGGUGAUUGUAGAGUUGCUCCUUCACUAGCAGAGGCUCCUCAAAGUACAUCUGUCAAGGAAACAGUGAGAAAACUGACGUCUAACUUAAGGGAGAUUCUUCUGUAUUUUUUUCAUGAGUAUCUGCUGCCAUCAGAAUUUGACUUCACAUUUAUAGAAGAACUUAUAGCAAAUUAUGAGUUGGAGCAAUGCCCAGAGCAGACAAACAAAAAGCUGAAAAUGUGUUUCAACCAGAUCCAGAAUAUUUACAUGAUCCAGUAUGAAGAAAACCUAAAGAGAAAAAUGCAGUCCAUUUCCUAUGAUGCAAACAGAAGAGGAAUACUUAAUGAAGCCUUUCUGGUGCAAUGUGAAGGAAAAAGAAAAAUUACUGAGGAGAAACUGAAUAAUCUUCGUGAAAAAGUGGCAGUAUUGUUGCAGCAACUUCAGCUGGGUGGUCCAGCAGGAGACUUGGAGCAGAUUGACGCUUAUUUAGAAGCUUUGCUUAAAGAAGAUAAUCUCCUUUUCCAGAACUUAAAUAAAGUGACUAUAGGUAUAAGACAUAAUCUUCCUUUCGAAAAAAAUGAAAGGACUUCUCAAAAUUAA